AUGCGCUUGGGGUGGUACGCAGGGGUCUCCACGGCCCUUGCUGGCGCUGUUGUAAUAUCAGCAUUCCAACAACGUGCCAACUUUUACUCAGCUAUGGUCUAUCUCGCCCAAAGCAAUUUCUGUCUUCUGGCACUUGUGAACUUCACCCUCCUACUUUACAGCAGCUUCAUAUAUGGCCUCACGAGACUCUGCUACGGCACUCUUCGUGCAGUCGAAGUCGAACAACUCACCGAGAGAGCCUGGUUUGCCAUCACAGAAACAUGCCUGGCAAUGACGAUAUUUCGCGAGGAGAUAGGUGCCUGGUUUUUGGUUAUGUUCACUGCUCUAGUCACCGGAAAAGUAUGGGGCUGGAUUGGUGACGGAAGAGUAGAGUUCCUAGAACAACAGCCGCCAGCAAACCCUCGGUUAUUCCACCUGAGAUUGAGUGUCUCCUUAGCCAUCAGCUUUAUAUACGACAUCUUGAUCCUCAAAUACACGGUCAAUACUGUCAUUCAACAAGCAAGGCCAAACAUGAUGGUCAUGUUUCUGUUCGAAUUUGCUGUACUGGCGACAUGUUCCUGGCGGACUGCAGCUCGCUAUAUCCUAUCGAUUGCGGAGCAAAACAUUGUGAGAGCUCAGACGAGAAAGCGUCUAGCUGAACGGAGGCAGGAAAUUCGAGACCAACGGGAAGCCAUUAUUCGCAACAGAGAGCAGGCUGCGGCGAACGGCCAGGAGCCGCAUAGCAACCAGGAGGCCCUCCCAAGCGAGGAAGACAUCGACGAGAUGGAUAUUGAGGUUCCUGGCUGGGCGACCAAGGGAGAAUGGGUACUGUGGCUUGACUUGGUUACUGACAUGAUUAAACUCGGUAUUUAUGUUGCAUUCUUCUUCAUGCUGCUCAGAUUCUACGGGCUACCUAUUCACAUCAUGAGAGAUCUUUUCAUGACGUCGAGAGACUUUAUCAAAAGGCUAAACGCACUUUUGCGGUAUCGUCGUGCGAUCCAAGAAAUGAAUCGAUACCCCGACGCUACACUGGAAGAACUUUCCCAAGACAACACAUGCAUUAUAUGCAGAGAAGAAAUGCGACCCUGGGAUCCGGUAAACGAACCGAGUUCAAUCGAUCGUGUUCGCCCGAAAAAGUUGCCAUGUGGUCAUGUUCUGCAUCUUGGGUGUUUGAAGAGCUGGCUGGAGCGGCAGCAAGUGUGCCCUACGUGUAGGAGGCCUGUCACGAUGGAUCGUGGCCGAGGUGGCCGUAAUAGAGUAGCUGGUCUGCAAAUCCGCAUCGGUGGUGCUCCCCAAGCUGCGGCUGGACAAGGACAGGUUGAUGUGAACAAUAAUGAACUGGGAGGGCAACCUGAACCUAACCGAGUCCAACCCCCCGGUGGGCGAGACGGUGGUCCGAGAGUAUUCAACUUGGGGCCGAUACGACUGGGAUUCGGAGCAAAUGGCCAGCAAGCCCGUGAACUUGCCCAGCAAUUUGGCAUUCCCCAAGCGCAAGGUAACCAAGGUGACAAUGGUCCAGCUCCGGUAAAUCCGUCUCAAAAUCAACAGCCUCUGGGAGAUAAUAUGCACCAGAUUGGACACUUGCUUAAUCAAACAGAGCGAAUCGUACAAAGGGAGCUGCAGAAUCUACAAUCAGCACAACAAGAGCUACAAGUAGCCUAUCUGCUCAUGGCAGAGCUUCAACGACUCCGCCAGCGGCGGCAGCAACAGCCUCAAGAGCAACAGUCAAGAGGACAGCCACCCAUUGCCACGAUGGGCAAUGUCCCGGCCGCUGCCGCGACUACCCAGAGUCAAAAUACCCAUGCACCAGCAUGGCAGGCCUACUAUCCUCAGUUUGCCACUGGCACAAGUGGACCUAAUAUGCCAGCUCGAAUAGGUAGCCCAUUCAUGGCCCGCCACGGGGCCCCGAUGAAUGGUACAGCGAUACCUGCGGGCAGCCCUGAUCUGCCAGAGGGUGUCACUCUGCCUCCCGGCUGGUCUUUGAUUCCACUUCAAAGACUGGAUGGGUCACAGCCAAGCGCUCACCAUUCACAUGCCCCAUCAACAGUCCCAAAUGGUGAAGCCUCACCUCCUAACCACUCCACCGGCCGCGUUGCGGUGGCAUCUUCCAACACAGAGCCUGUGGGCGAUGGAACACGCUCGACUGAAGACGCCAGUACAACUGCUCCAGGAAACCGUACGUCAGGAGUCGCUGGCAGGGAUUUUACCAAUGGCAGUUCACAAACAGCCAGACCAACACCUGUGGUUGCCCCGAGCCCUGUUGUACCAAAUUGGGGCGGAGCUGGCCAGUUGUUUAAUUCCAGGUCACGCUCUGAUGCGGUGGACAAUAUCGUACAACCGGCGAGCUCUCCCGGCGAUGCGGAGCGGCCAAGCUACGUUAGCCGUGAUGAACAACUAAACCAGCAAGACACAGUGGAUUCACCGAGCCGCGAAUUUCAUUCUGGUGGAACAGUGAGCCAUGAGACUGAGAGCUCUGACGAUUCGACUGGCAAAGGCAAGUCCAAAGCUGCUACGGUUGAAGAAGCCGGUGACGACGAUGAGGAUUGA